UUAAGAUAGCUGCACGACCACGAUACCAAAUAGCGAUGCAAGUAGCAGGUCUGGGAGCAUUUUCUUUAUCUAAACUGGAGAAAAAACGUAUUGGUUGUAAAAUACAUGCAUGGCCUCCCAUUUCAUCUAAAUUGUUCGAGUUUUGAGUUAUGAACGAAAUACUUAACGACUAAUAUGUAUUACCUUCACAUUGCAUAACUUUUGUCAGUUGGUCACUGGUCAGGGAAGUUUACAUAAGUAUUUAAACGUUUCUAUUUUUCCUGUGUUUCUAAUUUCUAAACAAUUUAUACGGGUACGAGGUGGUAUUUUUCGCGUUCCAUCAUUGGCAAAUAUAAGUAUUUUGUAUUAGAAUUAUCUACCAUUGGAUUUUUUUUCAAAAUGAGAAGACCAUUAUCAACACGCGUUCCUUCUUUAACAGUAACAUUACUUUCACUUUUGAGCUCGUUUUUAUUGGUAUGGUCACAUAAUACCUCCAAAAAAAUCUGCGAAACGAAAGAAUGUUUAUCCGCAGCACAAAAUUUGAAAGAAUCAAUGGACCAUGGAGCAGAUCCUUGCGAAGAUUUCUACCAAUACGCUUGUGGAAAUUGGCCAAAUGUUCAUAAAAAUAAGAACGGUAGUGAUAUCGCACAAGACACCUUCGUACUGCGAUCGUACGAAAAUAUUGCAGAACUUGGUGAUUUUCUCAGACAGAAUAACACUCAAAACGAACCAGAGGCUGUCCACAAAGCUAGGAAAUUCUUUUGGCUGUGUUUAAACGAAGCUGCUUACAGUAAUAAACUGGAGAAGAUUGUACCUCAGUUAGAAGAAAUUGGUGUACCAUUAGAUCCUUUCUUGUUUGACGAAGUUUUCAUAAACUUCGAUUACACAACAGCUUUUGCAAAAGCAGCCAAAGUGACUGGAGUCAAUAUUCUUUUCGAUAUUACAAUAGACUUGCAUCCUUUCAACCAAACUCUAAAUAAAAUCGUAUUAAGUAACAUUAAGGAAACAUCAAAUUCUCCAAAUACGACUUCGCCCAUGGCAAGUAAAGAAAAAAUUUCUGAAGCACAAUUCAUGAUUGAAGUAAUACGAAGAAUAUGCGAACUAAAUUCCUCAAGUGGUUGUAAAAUGUGGAUUUCAGCUGAGAAUGCGGCUAGGAAUGCCACGAUCAAAAACAUACUCAUACAACAAGAUGACAUCAGACAGAUCAAUUCAGAACCUUCCGAACCGGUUUUACUUACAUUAAAAGAACUGCAAAAUCUUACAGACAGUAUUGCAUUUGAAGUAAAUACAACACUUCCUAAGUGGAACUGGACGAGAUACAUAGAAGAAACGUUUGCCGGUUUGAACUUCGUUAAAUUGAAUCUCAGUGAUCCGGCCAAAAUUAAAAUUUCAAGUUCGGAUUACAUCGAGAAAAUAAUACGAUAUAUUUACGAAAAAAACAACUUUAAGCUCAUCGAACUCGGAAUUUGGUGGAAAGUUGUUUCUGAACUUGUAUCCUACAUUGAUUUGUCAAUUUGCGACUUGAAAAAUAAACUGAACAGCCUCGAAGUUUCUCCAACAAGAGAAAACAGUUGCAUUCAGAAAACCAGGUCAGCAUUCAGUUUGGCAGUUAGUUACUCGUACACGACGAAGCAAAAAUACAUCAAAGCCCAGACUGACAUUAGUAGAAUGUUUGAACAAAUUCGAGAAAGCCUAAUCCAAAUAAUGAAGGAAGCAAUGUGGAUGGAUGAAAAGACCAGACAAAGAGCACUGAACAAAGUACAGUUGAUGAAGUCAGUUCUAGUAUAUCCGAGUGUACUCAAGGAUACAAACUUACUGAAUGAUUUAUAUAAAGACAUAAAAGUAUCCAACAACUUCUACGAUACGAUGAUGUCAAUCAGUCAGAAUAAGCAAAAAAAAUAUGAUCUAAGCAUCCAGAAUCAAACAAAUGAUCUGACCGAGAUUUCAAUAAUUGAUCCCAGUGUAGUGGAUGCUUUCUAUAACCCUGAAACAAAUACCAUGACCAUUCCAGCCGGUAUACUUGGAUUAUCAUUCUAUAACAAUAGUCUUCGAGCUUUGGAUUACGGAGGAAUAGGUUCAGUCAUAGGUCAUGAAAUAACUCAUGGAUUUGACAAUAAUGGGCGACAUCACAACGAGAUAGGAGAUGUAGAAGAUUGGUGGCAAAAUGACACUUUGAGUUCAUACGAGGAGAAAGCCCAGUGUUUCGUCGAUGCUUAUGGCAAUUAUAGUUCAAACUUUGGUAAUAUUACUCAAACGGCUGACGGUGUAAAAACACUAGGAGAGAAUAUCGCGGAUAACGGAGGAUUCAGGGAAUCACUUCUGGCUUACAGAAGAUGUGUGGCUAAAUAUGGAGAGGAACCGAUUCUUCCUCACUUUGAAAACUUUACUCAUGAACAGCUCCUGACACUAGCAUUUGCCAAUCUGUACUGUGAAAAUCCAACGAAACUUUCUGCAGAGUGGAGACGAUACAACGACGUGCACAGUCCGAGACCACUUCGUGUGAAUGUUGUAUUCCAAAACUCCGAAGAGUUCGCUGAUAUUUGGAAAUGUCCGAAAGGUAGCAAAAUGAACCCGAACAAAGAGAAAUGUUCUAUUUGGUGAUUUCCCAACAGGAUUUCCGUCCAAGUGGAUGCAAUACCUACAACGCAAUUUUAAAAUUAUUCAGCACUUUACUGUUCACUUAAGAGUAACUUGAAAAUAAAAACGUAACUUGCUCUA